AUGGCUAAGAGGCAGGCGGUGCAGGCGCUUGAUCGAAUAAUGCAAGACAUCACAGGGGUGACACUACCAUUCGGUGGAAAAAUAAUGGUUAUGGGAGAUUUUCUAUUACGAGUGGGUGAUGGAGAUGAAGAAAUUAUGGAAGAAAGCUUUAUACGUAUUCCCGAUGACAUGGCCAUUGCCUAUACUGAUAAAAAUAAAUCAAAGCAUGAUUUGAUUGACGCAAUAUUUCCAUUUCUGCAAAUCAACGGAGCAGAUUCAAACUAUAUUAUUUCGAGGGCGAUAUUAUCAACAAAAAAUGAAAAUAUCGAUGAGAUUAAUGAUCAAUUGAUUGAUAGAUUCUGCGGCGAUGAAAAAGUUUACUACAGUUUUGAUGAAGCAGAAGAUGACAGAAAUAACUUCUAUCCAAUGGAGUUCUUAAACUCGCUGACUGUCAGUGAUUUGCCCCUGCAUUACCUCCGGCUCAAAAUUGGAUGCCCAAUAAUACUAUUGCGGAAUAUCGAUCCCUCUAAUGGCUUAUGUAAUGGAACCAUAUUGAUAUGUAGAGGAUUUCAACAGAACGUAAUCGAUGCAGAAAUAGCUAUUGGUCAGCAUGCUGGAAAGAGAGUAUUUUUGCAGAGAAUUCCUCUUUGUCCAUCUGAAGAUAACAUGUUCCCCUUCAAAUUGAAGGGAAAACAGUUUCCAGUCUGGCUUAGCUUUUCUAUGACAAUUAAUAAAGCUCAAGGAUAG